AUGUUCCGCCGCAAGGCAGACACCCUCCCAGCGGACCCCGUCUUCGAACCGGAUCUUGACAAGCUGGGAUUCUUCAUCAACGAUCAGGACCAAGUCCGCAGCAUUAAGAAUCUAGAGAGGAAAUAUCAGUACCAAAUCAAUCGGAAUGAGCGGUGGAACCAGGUUCAUAAAGCUGCUGUGUGCAAUAUCGUCCAGCAGCGCCUGCUUGAUCUCGGCUUCGAAAGAGUCCGACUACCCCUAGGCGCAGCUGAACAAGAGAACCAUGUCCCCAUACUCGUGUCCAAGGGUAUCGCAACCAAGGAUCGAGUCAUCGUUAUCUUCGGUGGACGCAAUGAAGAGCCUGGGAUCUUAAGCUGGAGGGUCAUCGGUGAAGAGGGAAUCAGACACGGCUCACUGGUUGAGUUUGCGACAGCAGUCCUCUCUACUCCUGCUGCCGCCUCCACAGUUGCGUCGACACCGACAGAGAAUGGAGUCACAAACGACACGAUUAUUACCAGCACUGCCACUACACCUGGCAUCAUUGUCGCCAACCCCUGCCAACUCCUCUGGUAUCGCGGCGGAUCCCGGGCUGUCUCAAACUACGAAUGGUUGUGUUUGCCUCGACCGAGCGCCGUGCACGAUGCUCCGCGAGUAGAUCCUGUCAAGAACAGAAUUCCUGGUAACCACGACUACAUCGAGCAUGUGCAGUACAUCUUCCAGAAUGUCAUUCCGAGCUUGGUGAACGAGCGGGCGAGGAUUGAUAUUAUUGGCGUCGAGUUCACGGGGACGGCAGUGGUGGAGUAUCUUGCCGAAUAUUGGAAUGUUUGGUCUCCUCGAAUUACCGGUAUCGCCUUGGUCACGCCUCAACACAAGCUUGCCGACCUUGAAGCACAGGGUGCACCAUCCACCUUCGUCGAGUUUCUAUCGAAGCGCUGCCGAGCCUACUUUGUCUCCCAGUCGCAAAUAGAGAAGCCCAUCGCCGGAAGGGAACAGUUCGGAUGCAACUGCUACGCCAGUGGGGAGCGUCACGUCGAGGAAAGCGCACUGGUGCGGAGCUGGAGACAUAUCCUGGAUUGGUCCGAUAUGCUGCACGUCAACCCGGGCUACGAGGAAGUUGAGUAUGAGGUCGUGGAGAGGGACGAGGACAUCAAGCUGGGCUGGGAUUGA